ACCGCGCAGCGGCUAGUUCUGCCUUAAAUGGUGCGCGGCGGUUCAAUUGGCUUUUGGGUGUGUGCGUUAGCACCUUGUGGACUUCAUUUCACUAAUCGAAAUGAAUCGGUAUUCUGUAAUUGUGAGUUUCAUGGGUUAGGGAAUCGUGCGUCCCAAACAAAUGCUACGCAUAUUUAUUGCUGCAUCCUUAUGUUACCAAAUCGAUAGAGGAUUCUGGAUUUUGAUGAGUGAGUUGGGAAAAGCGCUGAAGAUUUCUUAGCAGAGCGUUUAUCUGUUGGAGUUGAGGGACCUGCAUGUUGAGCAAGGGUAAGGGUUAGAGGAAAGGUUUUCGUUCAGAAACAGGAGUUUAGGGUUUUUGAGGACUGAAAUUUUGCGGUGAUGGCAAGUAGGAUCUCUAUUCGGGUACUUGCCAAACGCUCUAUAUCUCUUUGGUCGGUGGUUGAGAGGAAUGGUUCUCCUAUGGGAUUACAGAAUGGGGGUGUUUCUGGGUCACCCCAAACACCCCAUACUUCUGAAGUAAGCAAGCAAUCAGGAAUAUUUGCCUUUCAGCAUGUUCGUUCGUUGGUCGGCAGUACAAAACCAGAGCUCAAGGAUGAUACAGACGAUGUUCCCAACAUGCCCCGGCUUAGCAGUUCUGGAACAAUGGGGCGUCGGUUUUACAAGAAAACGCACACGAAGCCGGCAGAGGAUGGAUCUGGGUACAUAGUAAUGCUGGAUGGUAGGGAACUUAAAACUCCUGCCAGGAAGCCAUUAAAAGUACCUAAUGCAGCGCUCGCUCUUGCAAUCGCUGCGGAGUGGGAGUGGCAGCAAAGUGGCAUCCGACCGUACACAAUGCCGAUGAUGAAGCUCGCGGCUACUUCCAUAGAUCAGAUUCCCAGAGACCGAGAACGGGUCAUUCACACACUUCUGAAGUACUUUCAUACAGAUUCCCUGUGCUUACGAGCUGAAGACACCGAUCCUGUUGCUGAGAAGCAGUCCGCUGUAUGGGAUCCUCUUAUCGACUGGGCAGAGCAGGAGAUUGGUGAGCGUCCCGCGGUGACUUCAAGCAUCUUUGGGACUACACAGCCCUCACAUGUGCUUGAAGCGAUGGAGAAAGUUUUGAUGCAAAGCAGUGAUUGGCAACUAGCAGCUAUUGACUGGUUAGCAGGUACAGCACGCUCCCUGAUUGUUGCGCUGGCUAUAGCUCGCGGGCGACUGGGCAUUGAAGAAGCAAUGGAGGUCAUUCGGCUGGAAGAAAAUCACCAAGUAGAGGAGUGGGGAUAUGUGGAAGGCGGUCAUGACAUCGAUGAGGCCGAUAUGCGAGUUAAAAUCGCCGCUUGCUCUGUUUUCAUGCGACUCCUUUAAGUUAAGGAAAACCAGGAGCGCAUUGUUCAAGUUAGGAAGAACUGGCCAACGAGUUGAGCUUAUUUCUUGUAGAGCAUUAGGGUAUUAGGGUAACAUCCCUGCAGAACUGGGGUUUUCAAUCAACAGAACCAGAGGGCUUGUAUUCCAAAUCUGGGUGAGGGAGCAGAUUAUUGUAAUAAGGAGCUCUAGAGGUUUCAAAAUAUACUGUCAUCUUUUCGCAACUAUGAAAUAUUUUUGGAGAAUCGCGGCCCUGAAGGAUUCUGAUCGAGAGCUUGCAGUGAAGUAGGUGUAUGGAGAGGGACGGUGGGGAAAUGUGAGAUGGCACUUUAGAUGGGAAGAGUUGGUCUUGAUUUGUAAUUGCACAAGUAUGACGAAAAUACUCUAAGAAAAGAGUGCUCAAAAUCCUUCCCUU